GUGGCCGUGGGGAGAGCUGGGAGCUGUCAGCGGAGAGCGCGGGGGUCGCUCUCCUGGCCGGAGGCGAGGCAGGCAACUCCGGCUGAUUUAAGCUGGCGGGCAAAGGGCAAUCUCUGAGCUCGCGGCGCUCCAGGAGCAGCCUCUUGUAGAAGCACCUGAAAUGCAGGGUCUGGUGCCCUAAGCAAUAGCGGCAACACCAGCUCCAGCGACAGCUCUGGGGCCCUGUGUAGGAGCUCCAUCCCCUUGUCUUUGUGUCCGCCUGCGUCCCCAGACCCAGAGGCAGGUUAUCUUGGAAGAUCUAGGACUCCAAAAAUGUUUCCCUUGAAGGAUGCUGAAAUGGGUGCCUUUACCUUCUUUGCCUCUGCUCUGCCACAUGAUGUUUGUGGGAGCAAUGGGCUUCCUCUCACACCAAAUUCCAUCAAAAUUUUAGGGCGCUUUCAAAUCCUUAAGACCAUCACGCACCCCAGACUGUGCCAGUAUGUGGAUAUUUCUCGGGGAAAGCAUGAGAGACUGGUGGUGGUGGCUGAACACUGUGAACAGAGUCUAGAAGACUUGCUUCGAGAAGGGAAACCCGUGAGAUAUUCAAAGGUUUUGUGCAUAGCAUUUGAGAUACUUCAGGGCUUGCAGUAUAUGAACAAACAUGGUAUAGUACACCGGGCACUGUCUCCUCAUAAUAUCCUUUUGGAUCGAAAGGGACAUGUUAAAUUGGCUAAAUUUGGACUUUAUCACAUGACAGCAUAUGGUGAUGAUGUUGAUUUCCCAAUUGGGUAUCCAUCAUACUUGGCACCUGAGGUAAUUGCACAAGGAAUUUUCAAAACCAAUGAUCAUGUGCCAAGUGAGAAACCGUUGCCUUCUGGCCCCAAAUCAGAUGUCUGGUCUCUUGGAAUCAUUUUAUUUGAGCUUUGUGUGGGAAGAAAACUAUUUCAGAGUUUGGAUAUUUCUGAAAGACUAAAAUUUUUGCUUACACUGGACUGCAUAGAUGACACUAUAAUAGUUCUGGCUGAAGAGCAUGGUUGUCUGGACAUUAUAAAGGAGCUUCCUGAAAAUGUGAUAGAUCUUUUGAAGAAGUGCCUCACCUUCCACCCCUCUAAAAGGCCAACCCCAGAUGAAUUAAUGCAGGACAAUGUAUUCAGUGAAGUGUCACCUUUAUACACUCCCUUUACCAAACCUACCAGCCUGUUUUCUUCUUCUCUGAGAUGUGCCGAUUUAACUCUGCCUGAGGAUAUCAGUCAGCUGUGUAAAGAUUUAAGCAGUGAUUACCUGGCAGAAAGAUCUAUUGAAGAAGUGUAUUACCUUUGGUGUUUAGCUGGAGGUGACUUGGAAAAAGAGCUUGUGAACAAGGAAAUCAUUCGAUCCAAACCACCUAUCUGCACACUCCCCAAUUUUCUCUUUGAAGAUGGUGAAAGCUUUGGACAAGGUCGAGAUAGAAGCUCACUAUUAGAUGACACCACUGUGACAUUGUCAUUAUGCCAGCUAAGAAAUAGAUUAAAAGAUGUUGAUGGAGAAGCAUUUUACCCACUACUUGAAGAUGAUCAGUCUAAUUUACCUCAUUCAAACAGCAAUAAUGAGCUGUCUGCAGCUGCCACUCUCCCUUUAAUCAUCCGAGAGAGGGACACAGAGUACCAACUAAACAGAAUCAUUCUCUUUGACAGGCUGCUAAAGGCUUAUCCAUAUAAAAAAAAUCAAAUCUGGAAAGAAGCAAGAGUUGAUAUUCCUCCUCUUAUGAGAGGUUUCACCUGGGCUGCUCUUCUGGGAGUUGAGGGGGCUAUUCAUGCCAAGUAUGAUGCAAUUGAUAAAGAUACUCCAAUUCCUACAGAUAGACAAAUUGAAGUGGAUAUUCCUCGUUGUCAUCAGUAUGAUGAACUGCUGUCAUCACCAGAAGGUCAUGCAAAAUUUAGGCGUGUAUUAAAAGCCUGGGUCGUGUCUCAUCCUGAUCUUGUAUAUUGGCAAGGUCUUGACUCACUUUGUGCUCCAUUUCUCUAUUUAAAUUUCAAUAAUGAAGCCUUGGCUUAUGCCUGUAUGUCUGCUUUUAUCCCCAAAUACCUGUAUAACUUCUUCUUGAAAGACAACUCGCAUGUAAUACAAGAGUAUCUGACUGUAUUCUCUCAGAUGAUUGCAUUCCAUGAUCCAGAGCUAAGCAAUCAUCUCAAUGAAAUUGGAUUUAUUCCAGAUCUCUAUGCCAUCCCUUGGUUUCUCACCAUGUUUACUCAUGUAUUUCCACUGCACAAAAUUUUCCACCUCUGGGAUACCCUACUGCUUGGGAAUUCCUCCUUCCCAUUCUGUAUCGGAGUAGCAAUUCUUCAGCAGCUGCGUGACCGGCUUUUGUCUAAUGGCUUUAAUGAGUGCAUUCUUCUCUUCUCUGAUUUACCAGAAAUUGACAUUGAACGUUGUGUGCGAGAAUCAAUCAACCUGUUUUGUUGGACUCCUAAAAGUGCUACUUACAGACAGCAUGCUCAACCUCCAAAGCCAACUUCUGAUAGCAGUGGAGUCAGAAGUUCAACACCUUAUUUCUCCACUGAGUGUCCAGAUCCUCCCAAAACAGAUCUGUCAAGAGAAUCCAUUCCAUUAAAUGACCUAAAGUCAGAAGUGUCACCCCGGAUUUCAGCAGAGGACCUGAUUGACUUGUGUGAGCUUACAGUGACAGGCCACUUCAAAACACCCACCAAGAAGACAAAGUCCAGUAAACCAAAGCUCCUGGUAGUUGACAUCCGGAAUAGUGAAGAUUUUAUUCGGGGUCACAUUUCAGGCAGCAUCAACAUUCCAUUCAGCACUGCGUUUACUGCGGAAGGGGAGCUUACCCAAGGACCUUACACUGCCAUGCUCCAGAGCUUCAAAGGGAAGGUCAUUGUCAUCGUGGGGAAUGUGGCAAAGCACACAGCAGAGUUUGCAGCUCAUCUUGUGAAGAUGAAAUAUCCAAGAAUCUGUAUUCUAGAUGGUGGCAUUAAUAAGCUCAAGCCAACAGGCCUCCUCACUGUCCCAUCUCCUCAAAUAUGAAGAACAAGAGUAUGGCUGUCAAAAGGACAGAGUGGCAUCACCCCCAGCAGCACAGCUCUUCACAGCCUUGCCACUCUAAGGCAGAACUAGACUUCCAGAUGGUUACAUUUCCAUUUCAAGUUUUGUCAUGAGACAUUUUUUUUUUUAAUCUCAUGACCGAAAUGUUCAGCUAUCCAGGCAACAAACUUGACUGUACAUGUAUUGCUGAAAGAAUUUUCUUAACAAUGAAAUCCGAUCAUGUAUUUUUACCACACCAACGCAAAGCCAGAAGAAUUCAACCGACGAGGCACAUUUAGCUUUAUCAAGAAGUCUCAGUUACACUGAAAAGGCUGUCUUCCAUUGCAUUGAACAGACAGUCCUAACAAAGGUAUUCUUUAGAAAUAUAGACUGAAUGUGAGCUGAAAUCAUCCUUCUUUGAUAAUGAAAACUGAAAAGCUAUUCACAAUACAUUCCUUAUAAGUAAAUGCUAUAUUUGGUAACUCAUUUUGGGCCCAGAUAUAUGUGUGUGUGUGUGUGUGUGUGUGUUUAGAGGGAGCAGAAUUUAACCCUUUGGAGAAAGUAAUAACAGUUUACUUCAAGAAAAAUGAAAGUCAGAAACCAUUCAUAUUAUAUAGAAUAUUUUUCAGCUCCUGUAGCUGAGACACCCAAAAUAAGAGUGACUUAGACAAGCUAGAACUUUAUUUGUCUCUCACAUAAAAGUCUGCAUAGUCAAUCUAGGGCUAGUCUAUUGGUUUCAUUAGCAUUAAGUACUCAGGUGUCUGUUCUCAUUCUUUACCACCCUCAACACUUAGUUUCUAUCUCAAAGAUCAAGAUGGCCGUUAGCUCCCACCAUCAUAUCUACAAUUUAGAAGGAAAGGAAUGAAGGAGGAGGGAGGGAAAAAAAAGAGAGAGAAGGAA